UCAUCAGGGAGCUGUCAGAGGAGGGGGAGUGACUUCCCGGGACAGGCAAGCCAACUAUAUAAGCCCCAGAGGGCUGGGCGCCGCUCAGAUCUCUUUCACAGCCGCUGCCUUCCAGGGAGCAGUUCCCCACACCCACCAUGUCCCAGGCUGGCACUCAGGAAGACCCCAUCAAGAAGAAGCGCCCCCCUGUGAAGGAGGAGGACCUGAAGGGGGCCCGAGGGAAGCUGACCAAGAACCAGGAGAUCAAGUCCAAGACCUACCAGGUCAUGCGGGAGUGUGAGCAAGCUGGUUCUGCCGCCCCAUCGGUGUUCAGCCUUGCCCGGACUGGCACCGAGACCGUUUUUGAGAAGCCCAAAGCCGGACCCGCCAAGAGUGUCUUUGGCUGAGAAGUGCACGCCACGCCCCUCACCGUCAGCAACACCUAGACACAGGAGCCUUUCCCAAGAACUCUUUUUUUUAUGCCAGAACAUAGCUUCUCACCCGUGGCCUCUGGGAUUGGCACCCUCCCCGACAACCCUGGCCCCUGAGCCCAGGGACUCUGCAUCAGCACCUGGGCAACACCAAUAAAGAGGAUGCCCAAGUGGCCCCAGCA